AUGCUAAAUGUUUAUUCUUCGGAAAUUCAUAACAACUUGAAACUUCUCAAUAGGCGCGCAGAGAAGAGUACUAAGAGUGAGGAUGGAGACAUUGUGGACUGUGUUGACAUCUACAUACAGCCUGCUUUUGAUCAUCCAGCAUUGCAAAACCACAAAAUUCAGGUAGUGGGUGCUCUAACCACUGAAGGCGAGUUAAGAGCCACUUCACUUGAACGCUUUGGGAAGAAAAACCCAGCACCAAUUUCCUACUCAACCAAUGAUGACAAAGGGACUGUGUACAUUAACCAAACAACAGUCGAACUUGGUCCUCAAAUCAAUUGUUCUGCUGCGAUUCUUGUGACUACUGGAUACAGUUACAUAGGAGCUCAGGGAGAUAUAAAUAUUUGGAAUCCAAAAGUCGAAUCACCGGAUGAGUACACUACUGCUCAAAUCUGGCUUAAGAAUGGACCUGGAAAUGCCUUUAAACCCAAAGUUCCGGUCCUUAAUCUAUUUCUAUGGUCAGGUGGACUCGUAGUCUCGUACAAAUCAACAGGUUGCUUUGAUCUAACUUGCUCAGGAUUUGUGCAAACUAACAAAGACAUAGCCCUUGGUAUCCCCCUAGGACCCGUAUCAAGUGAAGGAGGACCCCAAUAUCAAACCACUUUCAGCAUCAACAAGGAUCAAAACACAGGCAAUUGGUGGCUACGUUUGGGUCAAAACGUCCCGGUAGGAUAUUGGCCACCAAGUCUCUUCUCCUAUCUGAAACAAGGUCCUGCAACAUUGGUUGAAUGGGGUAGGGAGGUGUAUAGCUCCAAGGUGAAGGAGACUCGUCCACACACUGGACACACUGAGACUGGUAUGUGAAGUGGGGAUUUUGCUUCAGGCAAAGAUGGAAGUGCUUGUUACGUGAAACAAGUUUCACUGCAACUAAAGUACCCAGAAUGGGUAGGCACUUUUGUCGUUGAAGCGUAUUGCUACUCCGCACUGAACUACGCUCAGUCGCUCGCCCAAGUUUGGAGGACCUGGUCGAUAUCCUC